CUGUGGAUACAUGCAAUUUGUAUCAAUCAAAAUGACCUUCAUGAGCGACCGGCGCAAGUGGGAUUCAUGAAAGAGAUUUACAACCACGCCGCUAGCGUUGUUAUUUGGCUCGGUGAGACCUCUCCUGAAACCUCUUUAGCUGUUUCUACCAUCACAGCAAUAUGGAAUCGCUUCACAUCCAACACCUCCCAUCAGCCGGAGCAGGUGCUGGGAUUGACUAGGCCCCAAACGUGUGCGGAAGAACUUCAGGUUUUGAAGACUUACAGGAAUAAUGACAUAAGCGGUACUCCGAUAAAGGAGGCAUAUGAACAUGUUGCAACGUUUUCCUCGUUUCAUUGGUUUAGGGGAGUUUGGGACGUGAACCUAGAUCCAAUUCCCGUUGGAAAGAGGACAAUCUAUAUUUCAAAGAGAAUUUAUCCUAACUGGACACAGGUACUGCAGGAGGCUUUCACUCACACAUCCGUCACGGUUCGCCUCUGUGCCUAA